CCCCUUCGUCUUCUUCUCCACAACUCUCUCUCUCACUCCCUCCCAAAUCUCUCUUCUUAGGGUUUCUCUCUUCACCAAAAACUCCUAAAUCUCUCUCUCAGAUCGUCACUACCCUUUUCAAUUCCAUCCUCAAUCUUCAAAAUCCCCAAACGAAAUCAAUCAAAAGAUGUCGUCACAAGGCUACGCAAUCGAGCUCUACUUCGAUCCAUCACUCGAGAACCAAGUCUUGAAAGCUUGGAACGUUUUCGCUCGUCGUCAAAUCAGUACAAAGCUAAUCAACAACGAGUCUCGUCCACACAUAACUUUAUUCUCAUCUUCAUUCAUCGAUUCAACAAAGCUUGAACCAAUCUUGAAAUCAUUCUCAUCGAAACAAGAACCAAUCUCUCUCUCUUUCUCUUCAAUUGGAAGCUUUUCUAAUGACAACAAUGCUCUGUUUCUUUCGCCGACACCGUCUCUUUCGCUUCUUCAGCUUCAGGUUCAGUUAUGUGAAGUGAUUAAGAAAGAAGGGUUUGAGAUUGGUGAAGAGUAUCGUGUUGAUUCUUGGGUUCCGUUUUGUCCUGUGGCUGUUGAUGUUCCUAAGUCACGUAUCUCUGAAGGGUUUUUGGUUUUGAGAGAUUUGAAGCUUCCUGUGAAUGGUUAUGCUAUGGAUAUUGGUCUUGUUAAGUUUUCUCCUGUUCGUGAAGUCUUCUCUUUUGGUCUUGGUAACAAUUUGGAAUCUUGAUAUGAAAAUGUUUAGCUUUGAGUUAGUAACAAUCUGAUUAUGUAAUUCCUUUGGUUUUAGUUAACAAAAGUUUCGAGCUUGUUUGGUGGAACUUGAUGAUCUUGAUGGAACAGUAUAGAAGCAAUUAUGUUUAUGUUACAUCUACUUUUAGUUUAUGGAGUUUUGGUGAAAAUUUCUUUGAUAA